AUGGAGACCAAGGUGCCAGACGCUACCGAAGCCGGCGAGAUUGGAUUUCAGAGCAGGAGAUCUAGCAUCUCCGAGGACAAACGGCCGUCUGAGGAAUCAAAGACGCCGACAGAAGAAGUCCUUUACGCCGCCGGGGUUGGACACCGGACGGAUGACCCUUCUUUGCCUUGCCUCACUUUGCGUAUGUGGGUGAUUGGCAUUGGCUUUUGUCUUAUCGGCAGCGGUGUCAACACGUUAUACACAUUUCGGCUUCCAUCAGUCACUCUCUCCCAGUCUGCGAUCCAGUUCUUAGCAUAUCCUCUGGGAAAAGCCUGGGAGUUCGUCAUCCCAGACUGGGGCUUGACUGUUUUUGGAGUUCGUCACAGUCUGAAUCCUGGCCCCUUCAACUACAAGGAAAAUAUUCUCAUCUACAUCCUGGCCAACUUGAGCUACCUCACCCGUCUAAGCGCCGACGUAUUGACCGAGCAGCGAGUAUUCUAUGGCGCCAACACUGGUUGGGGUUUCGAAAUUACUAUAACACUGGCCACUAUUCUCUAUGGCUUUUCUUUAGCCGGCUUUGGUAGAUCACUUGUUGUCGAACCGAAGAGUCUGGUGUGGCCUGGGGUACUGGCCAACACGGCCUUGAACGCUGCUCUGCAUCCAGCAGGAAAGGAAGAUGAAACCGAGGCUAAAUGGAGGUCUUCGCGGUACAAGUUCUUCUUGAUUGCUUUCACAGCGGCCUUUGUCUGGUACUGGUUCCCAGACUUCAUCUUUCCAGCGCUGGGGUAUUUUACCUGGGUCUGUUGGAUCGCACCUCGCAAUCCAGUGGUCAACCAGAUCUUUGGCAUGAAGAGCGGCAUUGGGCUUUUGCCAUUCACAUUUGACUGGGCGGAAAUCGCAUACAUUGGAAGCCCUCUGGUGGUACCAACCUGGGCCAUUCUCAAUACCCUUGCGUCAGUCGUCUUUUGGAUCUACAUCGUCACUCCAGCCAUUUACUACUCAAAUACUUGGCUGUCGGCAUAUCUUCCCAUUCAGAGCAAUUCGAUUUACGACAACACUGGAAGCACAUACAACGUUUCUCGAGUCAUCAACAAGAAACAAGGAUUUGUCUUUGAGCCGGAAAAGUACGAAGAAUACUCACAUAUAUAUCUUCCAGUCACUUACGCUCUAAACGCUUUUGGCCUAUGUUUUGCUUGCAUCUCCUCACUGUUUGUCUGGAUGUUCCUCGAGAAGCGCCACGAAAUAGCACAAGCAUUCCGAGACUCCCAGCUUCCUGCUCUCUUUGGACGUAAAACAGAUGCCAGACCAGGUUUACAACCGCAGUACAACAAUGUUCCCAUGUGGUGGUAUGGUGCCUCUUUUCUUGUGUCUUUGGGGCUUGGCAUUUUUGCCUGCGAGUUUUAUCCCGUUCAGUUACGCUGGUAUGGAGUCAUCUUUGCCAUGUUUGUAUCUGCAGUCUUCUACCUUCCUUUGGCCUGGGUCUAUGCCACGACCAACAUGAAAGUCCAGAUUGACAUCUUCUGUCGAGUGGUCGCUGGCUACAUCUGGGAAGGCAAAGUCCUGGCCAACAUCUGGUUCUUUGACUUGGGCUACAUCUCUGGUAUCAAGGCUCUCGCAUUUGCCCAAGAUCUGAAGCUGGGAAUAUAUUCCAACAUCCCACCCAGGCACCUGUUCAUUGUCCAGAUUGUUGGCUUGAUCAUGGGGACAUUGGGGCAAGUCUCGGUUUUGAAUUGGGCUCUGGGCCAUGUCCCAGAUAUCUGUUCUCUGACUGCAAAGAAUGGAUUCACAUGCCCUUAUUCUCGCACCCACUUCAACACUAGCAUGGUCUGGGGCGCUCUUGGGCCUCGUAGGUUCUUCGCUGAUGGUACAUUAUAUCGUGACCUCUUAUGGUUCUUUUUAAUUGGAGCCAUCCUUCCAGUCAUUGUGUAUGCCAUGAAGAAAACUUGGCCAGAGCAGCGGUGGCUAGAAAAGGUUCACAUCCCACUAUUUCUUGGCGGGCUGAAUUACAUUCCCCCUGCCUCUGGGACAAAUUACGGUAGUUGGGUCAUCGUUGGCCUGGUGUUUGGUUUGUGGAUUAAGAAGAAGAGUAGAGGCUGGUGGCGCCGAUACAAUUUCGUGCUCAGCUCAGCCCUGGAUUGUGCUACAGCCAUUGCAGGCAUCAUCAUCUUCUUUGCCAUCUUCUAUACUGGAGCGGCCGACAAGUUCUCUUGGUGGGGAACUACCGUACAUGAGGAUACUUGCGACUGGAAGAGCUGUACAUAUAAGACGGUCCAGAAGGGGCAGACGUUUGGGCCGUAG